UGAAGUUUCGAUUGGUGUUUUAUUAUCAGCUUGAGAACGAUCGAUAGCUUUGUUAGCUGUGCUUAAGGUCUAACAAAGUUCUAUCGUCGCAUCGCUGUCCCAAGUGUCAGUUUGAUGAAUAUGGAGCAUAAAACAAAGUUAUAAACUGUUUUGCGUUAUUUGUGGUAACGGUAGCUCCAUUAAUAUCAGCAUCGAUAUCUUCCGCCCGCCUACUCCGCCCUCUCCGCCACACGGUUUUGUUACGUGUCGCAGACGAUUACGCGAUAUAUCGAUACAAAUACAUGCAAGUGUUUGAAUGCUUACUGUUGUUGUGCGUUCUGGAGAGAGAAACAAGUUUUAUUGGUUAGAAAAGUGCUGUGUGCUGUGGCCCCUUCCAUCUCUUUUUGCCCCGCCAAUACUCGAACAGCUAACAGCAUCGCGAGCGCGCGCGCUGAUUGCAUUCUAACGGGAAAACGAGUACGUCUCUGACGCUGACGCUGACUCUGACUCUGAAUAUCUGACUCUGUCGUUGUGGCCCGGCUUGGCUCUGCCUGGCCUGCACUGGCCUAUUGCAGCAUCCACAACAACAACAGCAACAACAGCGACAAGUAUAACAGCAACAACAAAAACAAAAACAACAAUUGCAACCGUAACUAAGUAGCAUACAAGUUGUGAGUUUUGCUUUGUGCUAAUCUUCUCAAUUUGUGCCUCUUCUUCUUCUUCGACAACUUCGACUUCGAUGACGCUGCAAAGUGCAAGAAAGCCAACGUUUUAAAAGCUAACGAAAAAAAAAAAAAUAAAAGAGCCCGAGUAAGAGGAAGAAACGAAAGAAGAGAAAUAUGAAAAGUGUGUGUGCCAGUGUGUGGACAUUUUGAGAACGUUUGCGUUGUAGUGUUGUUGUGCUGUGGCCCAAUUUCAAUGCCGUGUCAUUAAUCGCAUAUGCAACGCUCCAAAUUGGAUUUCGGAUUGGCCUAGAACUGUUUGUUGUACCAUACAUACAACAAGUAAACGCCAGAUUGAGAGAACGAGUGACAGCUCGACGCUGCAGCGACACCAUCAGCAGCCGCAGUUCGACAUGGCACCCAGCGUGUGCGAGAUUGCCUCGCCCAAAUUACCGUCGCACAAAGAGACCUCUGCUGGUCAGGCCUCAUCGCAGGCCUCCCCGCCAGCGCCAGCUCUCUCCAGCGUCUCGGGCACCAACAAAUGCGGCGCCAGCAGCUUGAAUGGCUCGUUGGCCUCCUACAAAAUGGCCGGCUCCGAGCAGAGCUGGCCACAGGCGCCCGUCUAUAGCAAGGAGAACCAGCGACCGCCUGUCUACAAUCCCGAGGAUUAUGUGCAGUCGUUGAGGAAGUUCACCAAGGGCAGCGGCACAGCCAAAGUGCAGUCCAUCUAUGAUGUCAACAUCAAUGGAGGCGGCAAUAUUAAGGAAGCCGACUACAAAGCUGCCACGCUGCCAGCCAAACAUUCGGGCUAUAAAAGUCCCAUACCAGCACCACCGGAGAGUGACAGCGAGAUGUCACUGCGUCAGUUUGGCUCUAUUACCGAUCUAUUGACCAAGCUGCGCGCCGAUCUGCGCGUCUCCUUUCCCAGCUUCGUGCAGGAGUUUGUGGCCACACCCUCGGAUGGCAUCAGUCACCUGCUGGAGGUGCUGCGCGCCAUACAAAUGGCCCAAGCAAGCAAUGCACCUGCUCCACUCGCUGGAGGCACCAACUCCCUGGCCAUGUCACGCAAUCCACAGAGCUAUCAGCGUCGUGCGCUGCUCGACGAGCUCUCCUGUUUACAAUGCCUGAGCAUUUGCUGUUCCCGAUCUCUGGAUGCCAUAGCCCGCUUAGGCAACACACCCGUCGGUCUUAUGCCGCUCGCCUCCUCCGCUACCGGACAGGGUAUUAGGGGACGCAUUCUGGCGUUGCAGUUGCUCGCUUCAGCCUGCGAUCGACAGCCCUUCGGCCAGGGUAAUGGCGGACAGAAGAUUAGCGCCGCCGGACACACCGCUGUCUCGGAGGCGAUGUCUACGCUGCGUCUGCGAUGCAGUGAACCCGUGCGGUUUCGUCUACUUAUUGGCAUUCUGAACAGUGGCGGCGGCUCCGGCGAAUUGCAAUGCGCGGGAAUCAAAUUUCUCAACACUUUCAUUGAGAGUGCCGUGAGUUUGCAGCAACGUCUCUAUAUCCAAGCAGAGCUGUGCCAGGCGGGCCUGGAGACUAGCACGCUGGCGCGUACCAUCUCCUCAUCGUCACCCUGGCUGGAUGCAUUGCGCAGCGAGCUGAAGCGCUUUAACGAGCUGCACAUCGAUGUAGACAAGAUGCUGGCGCAGGCGCGAGAUGCAGAUCGUGUGCGCAGUCAAAUGGUUAUACUCGAGCGUCGUGUGCAAAUACUGCACGAGGAGAAGACAGUGCUCACAUCGAUGGAGCGACGCCUGCAAGAGCGCUGUGCCGAGCUGCAACGUGAGAUCUUUCGGCUGCAGGGCGCUCAAGAGUCCAACUUUAAGCCGGUCGAGGCGCAUCAACCAGUUGUAUUGCCGCGCCAAGUGCCUCCCACAACGAAAAUUCCCGGAGGUAGCAAGCAGAGCUGCUCGGAACACGAGGAUGAGGGCAUUAGCAGCUCGGAGACGGGUGCUUCGUUGAGUCCAGUGCCCAUUCUCGUGCUGCCCUCAAAGUCGAAGCAUCACAAACAAUCACGAAAAUCACAGAUGAAAAUAAACGAUGAUGAUGACGAUGAUGCGGCGACCAUAGAAGAUGUCAUCGAGGAGCUGGACAAUAUUGUGAGCGAGGCAGAGAAACAGAUCUCCAACCAGGCGAAGGCAAGCUCCGGUAAAGACAAACAUCAACGUGCCGCUGUGGAACAGGAACAAGACAUUGUUCCCGUCAACAUUGUGCCACAACCGCCACGCAAGUCCCGAUCUCUGGCCCAUCUCGUACCACGCACCGAUUGCUCCGAGCAGGAGGGCUCUCAAUAUGGCCUGAUGAUGCCUGGCGAUUCAGCUGCAGUCGAACGAUUGGCUGCCAUGCAGACCUUCUUCGAUGAAGUGGACUAUGAUGCCAAUGAUGCUGAGCAGCAUCAGUCCUAUGUCAUGGAUGUGCCCGAAACGGAGGCAAAUACCACAGCGACCGCCUACAAUGCGAGCAUCAAUCGUGAGCUGCUCGAUGUCAUCAUGAAUGCGCGGCACGACGAACACGAUCCCACAAUGCUCGCUCUAAGGAAUAGCACUGCACAGCAAACGGUGCAGGUGGAGAGACAAGUCUCCGUUUCCAACAGCAAGCCAGCAGCUCCAGCGCCACCGGCACAGCACUUUAACGGUGUCUUCUUUAUGACGGGCAUGAACACACCUCAGAAGUAUCCCAAACCGGAUCUCACUGCCGCUCUGCAAGCACGUCGCGUGACCAAGAAUGUGGAACGUCUGGAGGCAGCCUUCGCCUCCACGCACGAUCCCACACAGGACUCUCCGGGCAUGGUUAGGGAGAAGUCGCGCAGCAAUCAGCAGAUCUACUUCAGCAGCAAUCCAGCCAUGCGAAUGCACGACUAUCCUGCCGCCAAUCAACACUCGGCCAAUGUCUCCUCACGCACGCGAUCCUACACCCAAGGCUCCAAGGUCACGGAUCUACCCUCUGGGCUUUACUAGACGCCCAUAGAUCAGAUACUCCAGCUCCUGUGCAAUACAAAAGCAAUUCUAGCUAUAAGCAUCCAUUUCCAUUCAUCAUAUGCAAAACUUUAACGAGUAUUUCUUAGCUUAGAUUCGGUGGCAGCUUCAAAUCGGGUCCCUAACUCUUAAGUCAGUCGGUACUAGUUGACCUAGGCUAAUCAUUUCUACACCUAAUUAUUACUUCAUAUUUAUACAGAUUUUGUUUAAACAUUUACGAAUAAAUCUUUAAAUUUACAAUA